GUGAUCCACAUGUUGUGUAGGUUCGGUUUUCGUUUUUCGGUAUUGUAAUUCUCGUCUCGUAAUUUAAUUGAACUUAAAAAUUAUUUCAUGUUUUCGUAAACACUCUGUAGAGGGCCAAUUUACGUUCAAAAACUAUACAGUGGACUUACAAAAACCAAUCAGCUGAUAAGUACACCGUCGCAACAGCUGUUCUGUGAGAAGCAUUCAUGAUAAGCAUACAUAUGUGGUUGAUGGCCUAGCCGAUUAGCACGAUCAUUCGAGAUUAACCAGAGCUUAUCGUUAAUCGUUCAUUGACCACCUUUAAUGCCAAUGGCUUCUAGUUCAGAAGAUCAGCGCGUGCAGUGGGCUAGUGAAGCAUCACAGUGUUUGAUCUGUAUGAGACACAUUGACGAUCCUCGGCUUUGUCCACAAUGUUCGAAGCUGUUUUGCUACAGUUGCAUCCGUGAUUGGUUACAAAAGGCGGAGCUAGAAAGUGGUAAUCCGGCAUGUCCGAACUGUCGGUGCCCGUGUGGAAUAGAUAAUUUUGUUAAGAUUCUUGAAGGCAGUCCGUUAUAUCCAUCGAAACCCAUCGACAAUGACACGAGCAAGUCAGAUCAAUUUGACGCAUCGUCGACAAUGCUUGACUCUGGAAAGAUACAGCAACACCUAGAAAAGAUACUACUAGAAACACAGGGGCUAUUUAACGAAACUGAUCGUCGCGUUUCAGAGGAGUUGGAGAAACAACGAGCGCUGGUGAAACAAACUAAGGAUAAUCUGAUAAAGACCAUAAAUGUGAUGGUACAACAGGAGCUCAAAGAUAUACAUCAACAGUUCCAUGCAAAAACGGGUGAAAUAAAUGCGUGGGCCGAUAUAUUGACAAAGAAAUUGGACAAGCAUCAAUUUGCACUAUUGUCCGUAAAGGCGACGGUGGGACAAAAUUCUCCUCAAGAGCUCGUAACGAAGCAGUCGGAGAUUGAAAGGUCCUGCACACAAGUCAUCGAAGGUUUGAAAACAAUUUGCCUGAACGUCAAACCGCCUUGUUUUAAGAGUAACCUAAUACCCGAACCAUCAACAUGGAAAUUUAUCGUAAAUAAGUACUCAUCAGUAAGGCGCACGAAUGAAGUUCAGUAUUCAGAAUUAGUUACGGAUGAUAUUGGUUCCGUAUGGCGUUUGGAAGUACAUCCGAGUGGGUUUGAAGACGCCAAAAACACCUCGCUCAGUAUUUUCCUACAGCUGUACAACGGGAUUGUAGGAAACUAUCACUAUUCGAUUGAAUUGCUGGGCAGCUCUAGGAAUCACCGAUACGAGGAUGAAGCAUUUUUCGAGCUGCGGAGGGGCUGGGGUCAAAAUCAUUUCAUCGACUUAAAGUCCUUGCAGGAAUCGUUUCUUGAGAACGACGCACUUGAGCUUACAUUUUCUGUUCGAGCACUCAACCUGAUCGACAAGUACGAGAAAAUGAAAAAACGAGCAGAUCUAUUGACGACUGAAGUUGACCAAUUAAACAAGUUAGCCCAUCCAGACUGUUUAACCGAAGUGAUAACCGUUCGCAACGUGGUUGAUGCAAUAAAAUCGUCUAAUUGUCUAUAUUCUGACAUUCUAAAUGAUGAUAUUGGUGGCCGGUGGCGGAUACAGAUCUACCCUGGUGGGAAUGCCGAGUGUAAAGGGCAAUUUUUGAGCAUUUUCAUCGAGCUUUGCUCGGGCAUUGCUAACAAAUACGACUUUACUGUGGCGAUUUUGCACCAAAAUGACAAAAAGGUCGUCAAAAAAUCGCUAGAAUAUUGUAUCCAACCAUCGCUACCUUUCGGGUGGAAAUCGUUUUUGGGACGAGAAGAAUUGAUCAACAAUGGUUACAUCCAGAAGGAUUCACUUUCAAUUCGUCUAACUAUAAAGCCACCAAACGCGACCCAGAAGCUGAUCUAUUUCCGCCAGUAUCAUGAUCAAGCUUUCGGAAAUAUGUACCCACAGCGGAAAGAGUCUGUAGCUUCCAACGAUUGCAAACCCACUACGUCACAGGAACCGCUAGAGUCACGGCUGCGCAAAACUUCCAUAAGCUUCGUUAAAAAUCUUUUCACCAAGUCUCCCAGCACUGAUCAACAAUAAGCGUGCUUCAAUAUAAUCGUGGAAUAUUACAAUAAAAAGCAUUUUUACUAUCCCAGCU